GAGUCAACGUUGCUGUACAUACCUCAUACUUUCUCGGUGUCACUUCUACGAAUGUUUACACAAAAAAGAGACACGCGUAGCUUGCGUUCGUGGAAUUUUUACGCUACGAAACAUAGAGGGGAUUCAGACCCAAUCUUAUCUGAUGAAACGAUUCACUCUGAAUGCUGCGAUAAGCCUGUUGGGGGCUAGAAAAUGAUAUGAAGUCAGUUACUCAUGUAUUCUUGAGUUUCUCAGCUUAGCGGCGGUAACAAUUAACUUCUCGUAGAAUUACAUUGUCAAAUUACUAGCUCACUCGUGUACUUGUUGUUUCAUCAUUGUAUCGUUAUGUUUAUUAAGUGACUGAGUUUUAUUGCUAUCAGAUGUGCCUGUUGAGAAGAUUCAAAUCCAGUCAUGACAGUUAACCUAUAAUCUGUACAAUAAAAUCUAAACAGAUACGUCCUUCGGGCAAUUUCGCCACUUGAACAUGGCUUGUGAAGCUUGUGCUACAAAAUUUACGCUAUUUAAGAGAAAAAAACAAUGUAUGGAAUGUUUACGAUUCUUCUGCACCAACUGUGUUGUCCGACGAGUAGACCGAUUAUUGAGUUGUGACAAUUGUCGUACUUUAUCACGAAGGCCACUCAUACGUAGUCAAGUAUUACAAAUGCGAUCCAGAGAUCUGGUUCAGUACCUAGAUGCAAAGAAGAUUUCUAUGCGGGGCUGUGUAGAAAAGGAAGAUCUGGUCAAUUUACUCUUACAACUUGCAAAUGGAACUGACGGGCGAUCUACAAAUGUUCCAGAAUCAUCACUAUUUGCCUCUAGACGGCAAUUCUCACCUGAUUCUCCACCACGUAGAUCACGUAGUCCUCAGCAUGUUCCUGAAAGACCAGAAACGAAUGGAAGAGUGGAGACAGAGCCUGAAGAGAGUCCACUGGAAGCUACAAGAAGUACACAUGACAUUCAGAUAGAGGAACUGUCCGAUGAGUUUAUUACUUCUAACGAUGGACCGGAGCCACUCGUUACAGAACAGGAAGACAAUUCAGAAAGUUCUAACGAGCAACAUUCUGAAAUGUUUACAGAACUCCCGACGUGGUCGGGUUUAGUCAAACUGUCCGACAUCAAUGACGUAUUAGAACUCGAGUGCUUAACAAUUAAACAGUUGAAGGAAUUACUUAGUACAAAUCGAGUCGAUUUUAAAGGAUGUGUCGAGAAACGUGAAUUAUUGACUCGUGCAACUCGACUGUGGACGGACUACAAGUCCAAAGAAGAUUAUCAGGAACUGGACGAAGAAGCUCUCUGUAAGAUUUGUCUGGAUGCACCUAUUGAGUGCAUAAUGUUAGAGUGCGGUCACAUGGCAUGUUGUGUUACAUGUGGUAAGCAAAUGUCGGAGUGUCCAAUCUGCAGACAAUACGUCGUUCGAGUUGUGCGUUUCUUUAAAGCAUGAUAAAUCGAAUGAUUCAUGGAGAGUCACGAAGAAAUCUUAAUAAAAAGGCGUCCACUGACAAGCAGAGAGAAAGAAAAGUAUAUUUUUCUUAAGGCAGACAUCCAAGGCGAUGCUAGUUCGUUAAAUCAACAGCGAUUCGUUUUGAUAAAGUGCCUGCCCAGCAGUGUCUUAGACGUUAAGAUACGAAAAUCUUGAAACGUAUUGAUAUACGUGCAAAUUUCAUUCUGCAUAGUAUGCGUCAAGAUGCGUUCAAACGUGAUAUAUAUUAACGACCAUUGCGUUAUAUGAAUCCUACUGGAGAAUAAAAAUUCUCAGUGCUGUCAACGAAAUUAUAGAAUGAUAUUUGUGUUAAAAUUUAAUGUUUUAUAUAUAAUUCUAGAUAGAAAUUCAAUGUGAUCUUCGUCUUUCUUUUUUUAUGUUUAAAUUCCAUAAGCAGGGUAAUGUAGAAAGACUAUGAGUUAUACUGUAUUUUCAAACUACUGUCUCAUCUUAUGUAAUUUCUAGUUUUUAUUUCUGUAUCGAUGUUCCAGUUUAACAUUGAUUUUUAAGAUAAUAGAUGAUAGCCCUAAGACUUGAGAAAAGCAGAGGCUCUAAUAAUAA